AUGGCCACUCUUUCUUUCACCUUCAUUGUAAUAUACUUGUCUUGUUGUUUCUUCAAAAGUUCAACUGCAGCAGCAGCUGGCAGCACCUUAGUUUCCAAAAAUGGCAGCUUUGAGUUGGGUUCUUUCAGUCCUCAAGGUACUAUUUUCCAUAGGAGUCUUCUAGCAUCAACUCCUCCGGGAGAUAUAUGUGACGCUGAUGGCCGAUGUGGUCCGAAUGGACUAUGUGCCAUUAGUGACUGGCAAGUUUGCAGCUGCUUAAAGGGAUUCAAGCCAAAAGUAGAAGAGAACUGGAGAUUUGGGGAAAACUCGGAUGGUUGUGUUCGUGUUACUCCAUUAAUGUGCCAAAAUAAGGAUGAUGGGUUUUUGAAAUAUGCCGGGGUAAAAGUGCUGGCGAGCACAGACUCUAGGGUGAACCUGAGUUUGAGUCUCGAGGAAUGCAAGAAGAAUUGCUUUAACAACUGUUCUUGUAUAGCUUAUGAAAGCUCUGAUGUCAAUGGCUGCGUUGCCUGGUUUGGUGAUCUUCUGAACAUUAGAAAGCUUGCACAUGGAGGGGCGGAUCUUUAUGUUCGAAUGCCUGCUUCGGAACUAGGCACAAAUCAUGAAUCUAAGUUGAAGAUUAUAAUAGCAACAGUUGCAUCUGGUGUUUGCCUUGUUCUCGGAAUGCUCUUAGCUUUUUAUUGCAUUAGAAGAAAGAGGAGGAAACAUGAAGUGAAAAUGGGAGUCAUGGGUGAAAAUAAUGGACAGAAUGAAGACCUGCAGCUACCACUAUAUAGUCUGUCCACAAUUAUCGAUGCUACUGAUAACUUUUCGUUCAACAAUAUGCUCGGGGAAGGUGGUUUUGGACCAGUAUACAAGGGUAGACUAAAAGAUGGUCAAGAGAUUGCCGUGAAGAGGCUCUCACAAACUUCUGGACAAGGUGACACGGAGUUCAGAACUGAAGUGAGACUCAUAGCAAAACUUCAGCACCGAAAUCUUGUAAAGCUCCUUGGUUGUUGCAUUGAGGGGGAAGAGAAAUUGCUGAUUUAUGAAUAUAUGCCCAACAGAAGCUUGGACUUCUACAUUUUCGAUCAAACUCAAGGUAAACAGUUAGAUUGGUCUCAGAGGUUCCACAUUAUCGAAGGUAUCGCAAGGGGUCUUCUCUAUUUACAUCAGGAUUCCAGACUGAGAAUUAUUCAUAGAGAUCUUAAAGCAAGCAAUGUUCUACUUGAUGAUGAGAUGAAACCAAAAAUCUCAGACUUUGGCAUGGCUAGGCUUUUUGGAGGAGAUGAAAUUGAAGGAGUCACAAACAGAGUUGUUGGAACCUAUGGUUACAUGGCACCAGAAUAUGCCAUUGAUGGUCAAUUCUCUGUAAAAUCAGAUGUUUUUAGCUUUGGCAUUUUAUUGCUAGAGACACUAACUGGAAAUAUGAGUAGAGGGUUUUAUGAUCCGAAACACAACCUUAAUCUAGUUGGACAUGUGUGGAGAAUGUGGAAAGAAGGAAGAUUCUUCGAGGUGAUUGACGAAUGCUUAAGGGAAUCAUGCUCUCUAUCAGAAGCAUUGCAGUGCAUACAUGUUGGUCUUUUAUGUGUUCAAGAGCUUCCUGAAGAUAGGCCAACCAUGUCGUCGGUGGUUUUGAUGCUAGGUGGUGAGAGUGCCUUGCCUCAACCCAAAAGGCCAGUUUUAUAUGUCGGAAAAUAUUCAUCAUCUGAAGCAGGUUCAUCUUCAAGUAAGAAUGAAACAUUCUCGAGUACUAAUGAAUGUUCAAUAACCGUGGAAGCUCGAUAA